CGCAGCCGGACUAGGGAGACAGAUGCGCCUGGUGCUGUCAGACCUGGGAACAACUUCAGAAGAAACUCGCUGUCCUCCGAGCUGUUACCAUGUAAACUAAAGAAUGAUCUCCACUCCUAACUAGUCUGUCACAGUCUCGAAAAGCUACCUAGAUAGCUGUUUCACUGUUAGAAGGUGACGUUAUCCGUCAAUAGGUAACAUUAGCUGUAGCUAAUUUAGUGACAAGCUAGCUAGCAUUGCUAUCAAUCCCAUACAAACCACAGCAUUCGGCUGAAGUGCUUCCUUCCGGAGUCCGGAAGAUAGGGCAUCAGCGAGUCUUGUUUAAGCCGGUUAGUCGGCAUAAAAUAAUUAUCCACAGACAGGGCGGUGAGACGGAACUUUGAGAAUUUCUGUGCUGCGUGACAAGAGUCUGGAUCCGAGCCGAACAACACACCCUGCCAGAGAGUCGGGCAUCUGGAUGUCCUGCGGAACGGAUGCGUGAGGAGAUGUCGAGUGCGGUGUGUGUGUCGGAGGGCGGCGGCGAGGUGUGUGUGGGCGGCGGGGAGGUGUGUGUGGCGCAGGAGGAGCUGGUGGCGCGCACGCGGGAGGUGGUGCAGGGUCUGGAGGCGCUGCGGGCCGAGCACCAGGCCAUCCUGGAGGGGCUCAUGGGCACCCUCGCCAUGGAGCACCUCAAACACACGCCCGACACACACCCCGCCACACACCCCGCCACGCACCCCGGCCACGGCCACGGCCACGACAAGAGCGCCAUCAUACACCGCUCGCUCGACAUGCUGGAGCUCGGACUCAGCGAAGCACAGGUGAUGCUGGCUCUGUCGGGUCACCUGAGUGCAGUGGAGGCGGAGAAGCAGAAGCUGCGUGCACAGGUGCGGCGGCUGUGCCAGGAGAACCAGUGGUUGCGUGACGAGCUGGCCAACACCCAGCAGAAGCUGCAGAAGAGCGAGCAGAGCGUGGCCCAGCUGGACGAGGAGAAGAAGCACCUCGAGUUCAUGAACCAGCUCAAGAAAUACGACCAGGACCUCAGUCCCACGGAUGACAGGGACUCCGACUCGGGCCGGGAGACUCUGGACGACCUGUUUCCUGAUGACCAGGACGAGCCUGGACCCGGCAUCCAGGCGCCCCACGGCAGUGCGGCGGCGGUGGCGGCCCAGCAGGGGGGCUACGAGAUCCCGGCCCGGCUGCGCACGCUGCACAACCUGGUGAUCCAGUACGCGUCGCAGGGACGCUACGAGGUCGCCGUGCCGCUCUGCAAGCAAGCGCUGGAGGACCUGGAGAAGACCUCGGGACACGACCACCCCGAUGUAGCCACCAUGCUAAACAUCCUGGCCCUCGUCUACAGGGACCAGAACAAGUACAAAGAGGCAGCAAACCUGCUGAAUGACGCACUGGCCAUCAGAGAGAAGACACUGGGCCGGGACCAUCCAGCGGUGGCGGCUACACUGAAUAACUUGGCCGUGCUCUAUGGCAAGAGAGGGAAGUACAAAGAGGCGGAGCCACUCUGCAAACGUGCACUGGAGAUCAGAGAGAAGGUGCUGGGUAAGGAGCACCCAGACGUGGCCAAGCAGCUGAAUAACCUGGCGCUGCUGUGCCAGAAUCAGGGCAAGUAUGAGGAGGUGGAAUACUACUACCAGCGCGCCCUCGACAUCUACCAGCACCGCCUGGGCCCCGACGACCCCAACGUAGCCAAGACCAAGAACAACCUGGCCUCGUGCUAUCUGAAGCAGGGGAAGUUUAAGCAGGCAGAGACUCUUUAUAAAGAAAUCCUCACCAGAGCGCAUGAGAGAGAAUUUGGCUCUGUGGACGAUGAGAAUAAGCCCAUCUGGAUGCAUGCUGAAGAGAGAGAGGAGCAGAGUAAGGGACAGCAAAAAGACGGCUCUCCCUUUGGGGAGUACGGAGGCUGGUACAAGGCCUGCAAGGUGGACAGCCCCACGGUGACGACGACGCUGAAGAACCUGGGCGCGCUGUACCGGCGGCAGGGCAAGUUCGAGGCGGCCGAGACCCUGGAGGAGGCGGCCAUGCGCUCACGCAAGCAGGGUCUGGACUCGGCCCAUAAGCAGCGCGUGGCGGAGGUGCUGGGUGAGCCGGACGCGCGGGAGAAGCAGCGGAGUCGUGAGAGUCUGACCUCCGACACGGUCAAGUACGAGAGCGGCCCUGACGGAGGAGAGGAAGUGAGUAUGAGCGUCGAGUGGAACGGGGACGGUUCCGGCUCGCUGAAGCGGAGUGGAUCCUUCAGUAAGCUCCGAGCCUCCAUACGACGCAGCAGCGAGAAGCUCGUGCGCAAACUCAAGGGUGGGGGUAACCGUGACAACGAACCCAAGAACCCUGGCAUGAAGAGGGCCAGCUCCCUGGGUGUUCUCAACGUCCCGGACAAACCUGUGGGAGAGGCUUUCAAAGAGCGAAAUCAUCGUCUGAGGAAGUCGCGGGACCUGAGUGCCAGUCACACCGACCUGGCGCGCUGACUCCACCCCCUGGACCCCCACACGCCAGCUCCAACAGGAAGUCCCGCCCCCCACACGCCAACUCAAACAGGAAGUCCCGCCCCCAUCUGAAGUCUCCGCCCUCUGCCCUCAAAUCUCCUUCACACUGCUCAACCCAGACCAGAGGACACCUGGCACACAACUGGCAUUACCUGCACUGACUGGGACACACACACACACACACACACACACACACACACACACACACACACACACACACACACACACACACACACACAGACAACCUUGCCACUGUAACACAUCUUUGCACUGUAAACUCACAAUCCACACACACCACUGUAACACAACCCCAACCCACACACACACCUUUGCCACUGUAACAUACUGUAACACACACACACACACACACACACACACACACACACACACACCUUUGGCACUGUAACAUAACCGCCCCACACACACACAAACAAACACACCUUUGCCACUAUAACAUAACCCACACACACCCUUGCCCACAGAGGCAAUUAUGAACUGCCCCCUCCUAUGCAUUGCCCUCUCACUCUCAUUUACACAAACACACACACACAUACAGCCCUCACACAGGUUUCACACUCGCCUCAAACACACACACACACCUCAUACAGGUUUCACACACACACACACACACACACACACACAUAUAUAUAUACCCCCCCCCCCGCACACACACACACACACACACACACUAAGCUGCUGCACUCUUACACAUCUCAACGUUUCUUCAGUUGUUUUUAUUUUGUGUUUGUACUGGACAGCACACACAGUCUGCUCUAAGGAAGGACAUUUCAGUUGAACUGACUGUGUGUGUGUGUGUGUGUGUGUGUGUGUGUGUGUGUGUCCAUGUCCAGGAGUGUGCGUGUGUGUGUGUGUGUGUGUGUGUGUGUGUGUGUGUGUGUGUGUGUGUGUGUGUGUGUGUGCUUGAGCUUUUAGCAGCAGCUAGCAGCUAGCAGCAGCUAUGUUUACGGUUUAUUUUGAUGUCAUUUCCUCUAGUGGCUGUGCUGGUUGAAUUGGUUGAGUGUGUGUUGCGUGUGUGUGUGUUGAGGAGUCGUUGGGUUGGUUUAGUGUGUGUUGUGUGUGUGUGUGUUGAGGAGUCGUUGGGUUGGUUGAGUGUGUGUUGUGUGUGUGUUGAGGAGUCGUUGGGUUGGUUGAGUGUGUGUUGUGUGUGUGUUGAGGAGUCGUUGGGUUGGUUGAGUGUGUUGUGUUUGUGUUGAGGAGUCGUUGGGUUGGUUGAGUGUGUGUUGUGUGUGUGUUGAGUCGUUGGGUUGGUUGAGUGUGUGUUGUGUGUGUUGAGCUGGUUGAGUGGAGUGUAUAUAACACAUUCAGUGUAGAGGACUGAAGUAGAAUGUUACUGGACUAGUCAUCCGUGGAGGGUUUGUGUUACUGGACUGGUCAUCUGUGGAGGGUGUGUUACUGGACUGGUCAUGUGUGUGUGUGUGUGUGUGUGUGUGUGUGUGUGUGUGUGUGUGUGUGUGUGGCUUGUUUUCUCAGGACUGAUAGAAGCUUGUACAGUAUGUAUCUCUCUAGAACACUGCUGCAGUAAAACUAAAACAUGUUCAACGUCUGAUCUGGUGAAGUCACAUCUCUCUUAGCCAAUCACGAGCAGGCCUGCAUCUUUAGAUCUCUCUUACCCAAUCACGAGCAGGCCUGCAUCUUUAGGGCGGAGCUGAGUGUAAACGCUUCCUGUUGUGUGUAUGUUUGGGCUUACUGAAGGAUCUUAGAGUGACUACAACACUCCUCCGUCCUGUUUGUUCUCACUAUGUUACUAUGUUGUUGUUAUGUUGUUACUAUGGCGAUAUUACUAUGGCGAUAUUGUGAUGCACUGGAGAGAGUCCAUGCAGAGGCUCUAGACUGUAGGUUCUAGGUUCUAGGUUAUCUAAGUUCUGUUCUGUAGGGAUAGCUGCUCUGCUUAAGAGUGUUUCUGUUUCACCGAACGCUGGGUUAUUGAUAAGGUUUUACCCAGGCUGGGUUAUUGAUAAGGUUUUACCCAGGCUGGGUUACUGAGGAGGGUUUACCCAGGCUAGGUUACUGAGGAGGGUUUACCCAGGCUGGGGUGUACCUGUGUGUGUACUUUAACUGGAAGGGAUGUUCCCAGUGGGGAAUGUUGGAUUUGAGAUGGGUUGAUUUUUUAAGAAGUUUUAAGUGUACUGAAGGUGUGUGUGUGUGUGUGUGUGUUGUAUCUGAGAUGGGUUGAUUUAUAAGAAGUUUCAAGUGUACUGAAGGAUGCUAUGAUUAGUGAUGACAACCAGAGGCUGUCGACUUUUGAACCCUGACCUUACUGUAUGGUGACCUGUAUGACAUAACCCGGUGUGUGUGUGUGUGUGUCUGUGUUCAGUCCAUAUGCGUGCAUGGAUAUCUCAUCUGAUAUGAUCUGAGAAUGCACUUUCAUUUGCAGGACAGUCUUACCUGCGUCUCGUGUGUGUGUGUGUGUGUGUGUGUGUGUGUGUUGUACUCCUACUCCUACCACUGUUCUUGCCUAUUUUGCCUGCUGUGCUGGCUAGCCCAUAUGUCUGUGUUUGCGUGUGUGUGUGUGUGUGUGUGUGUGUGUGUGUGUGUGUGGUUACUCUCUCUGCUCUGCACAGUGCCUGUGUGCCUUGCUGGAUGUUGUGUAUAUUUGAAUAAAUAAUAAAUAAAUAAAUAAAUAUGUUUAAGCCUC